UUCUAAAUCCAUCCUUAUCCUCCCACUCCCACUCUUUUUAUGACGUGUUCUGCCUUGUGUCUCCUUUUUUUCCAUUUUUCCUUUUUAUUUUAUUUAGUUGUUCAAGAAACUUGACAGAGGUUGAUGCUGGUGAUUUUGUUAGUUAUCUCGCGUCGUGUUUAUUAUAAUUUAAGUCUUUGAAAGCGCGUGGUGUGGAAUAAACAUGGCGAAGUGGUUCUUUACAUGCCAACAGACAUUAAUUAUUGUGUGUUUGUGUUUAAUCUUUCCGGCACCGGUGAUUUUAGGCGAAAUAGAAUUAGAUGAUAGACUAGUAUACGAGGUAGUUGGCCGUAAUAUCAUUAAAAGAGAUACCAAUAACGCCACAAUGGUUAAACCAUCGGAAGUGACUGGUAGUUCCGAAAAACCAACGACGUCACCACCAAAAAAGGUAGUGAGCAUACCAGUGAAACCAGCGUUUGAGCCAGUCGUAAAAAACUUUACUAAAAACCUCGGCGAGAACGGCCACGGCAUCAGGCUGAACAUAACCUCUACCACGCGGCCACCUCUAGUAGAUCCAAUUAUCAAGCCAAACGAAAAAUCUGGUACCACCGUAAGCGUAAACAAGAGCAUUGUAACAGACGCUCAUAACGAUUCAGAUGAUCCUGACGCUUUCGCUGUCGCCAACCCGAGUGAUUUGGAUACUGAAGAGGGAGGUAAAAAGUUCAAUGAGUCGCUAUCGAAGCAUAACGUGACUAGUUCCAAAACGGACCCGAAUUUGUUCUACAAUACAUCAAUCUAUGACGACCCGAAUAUUGGGCAUUUCUAUUGGGUGGACAUGGACAAUCGUACCGAUGUCAAAGUCAACGAACUUCUGUCUCAGUCUCAUCGAAGAGCGGCUACCGUAAAGUUGUCAUUUAACUUCCCAUUCUACGGCCACUUGAUCAAGAACGUGACGAUAGCAACGGGAGGUUUCCUCUACACUGGCGACUACGUUCAUUCCUGGCUAGCAGCUACCCAAUAUAUAGCACCUUUGAUGGCGAACUUCGACACCAGCUUAUCCAAUGAAAGUUUCAUAAAAUACGUCGACAACGGCACCGCCUUUACCGUCGAAUGGGAAAAGGUGACGUUGCAGGAUAAACCAGACGAUGGAGAAUUUACCUUCCAGGUUACUUUGUUCAAUAACGGAGAUAUAGUGUUCGUCUAUAAGCAUGUACCCCUGCUCGUCGAUCAGAUUCAAGAGUUGCAUCAUCCUGUUAAAGUUGGACUCUCUGAUGCCUACAUUAUGGACCAGACUGUAUUCUUGGUUCGAAGAAAAACAAUAUACGAAUACGAUAGAGUUCACUUCAACAAGACGUACAUCAAAAACUGGACAACUAUUGUGUUGAGAGCUCUGCCUACAUGUCUGGAUGCGACUGAUUGUAAUACAUGUCUGACCAGGAAGUUAAAUUUUAAGUGCUUCUGGUGUCCCGCUAUGUCCAAGUGUUCCCAAGGCUACGACAGGCACCGUCAGAAUUGGUUAGCUAACGCAUGCGACAAAAACAGCUUUAACAACGUCUCUGUCUGCUCAGCGGUAUAUCAAACCGAUAAUACCGCCUACGUCUUCGAUCAUAAUGAUGCAGACCAGUUACCUCCGAAUAAAAUGUCGUUGGCCCAUAAAAUGGUAAACCCGAAUCCUCCAAAUGAGGUAGGAAUGUCCGGUGUUGUAGCUAUACUGUUCUUGGUUGCAAUGGUAUCUGGAUUGUCAUUUUGGGUGUUCUACGCUUAUAGGAAUCCACACACGUUUAGUGGACAAAUUUUAAUUAGAUACCGACCCAGCCAAUGGAGAUGGAGAAGAGGCGAAGCCAGAUACACGGCAGCUACGAUUCAUAUGUGAUUUAACCAAUUUUAAUUCUUAGGCAUUUUUUAACGUAUCAGACAAUUGAAAGGAAAGGCAACUGAGCGUUCUCUAAAGCCGUAGUAAAACGAUGAACUGAUAGUUAACCAAAUUUUAGAGAACAACAUUUACAGUGUUGUGCAACAAGAUUUUCUGUGAUAAAUAAAAGGAUGGAAUUGACGAGGCUCUUGAAGUACAAUAAAUAAUUGAUUUUGCGAUUAAAAUAUAUUAUAUAAACAGUUUAAAUAAAAAAACAAUAGGAUAAGUUUGGCAGACCCGUCAUAUAUUUUCCUAGAUGAUUUUUAUUUGCAUUUCAUUCCUAGUUUCUAAUUCUACCAAUACGUCUUCUCACUCUUAUUUCCUUAUCACUUUGUUUUUAGAUGUAAUUCUUUGCAUUGUAAAUUUUGUGCCGUUUUGGUACAACCAAUUCGAACACAUCUUAUAGUGUAUCCAGUCUCCCGAUUUUUUUGGUUUUGAAGUAAAUUUCUCAACAACCUUGGUGGCCAUUUUUAGAAUUUAGGUCGCCAUUUCAUUAAUCUAAAUUGGUCUCCCUGUGAAAAAACUAAUUUAGGCUUCAUACUUGAUAUGAUCCAUUUUUUCUAUCCAACAAGGUCACGAUAAAUAAUUCAGCAGUUGUCAACUGCUGAAACAGAUUUUAUUUCUUGGACUAUAUAGAUGAUUAUAUUAUGUGAUAAGAUAAAGGAUAAAAUUUGUCAGAUUGAAAGUGGAAGAUGACUGGUUUUAGCGUAAUAAAGAUGUACAUUUUAAUAUUUAUUGGAUUGUCAUCCAGUCCUUGAGCUGUGCUUAAAAUUUUCAGUCUUUAUCAAAGUAGUAAAGUUGGUUAAAAAAAAAUGAAAGAUGGUAUGAUAUACACAGAAAAAUGAAAGAUAAUGUUUUCUCUGCGUAGCUUUAUAAUACAAGGUAAGGUGGAACUCUUUAAAAAAACUUAGUGUUUCUGUAUCGUUACACAGCCUCCCCCACGAUCUUAACUUGGUGUAAACCACAGCUUGAAAUCGGAAUAGGAACCAUACAAGAAAAUGGAACGAUACCAAAAAAGAAGAAGAACUCUUUGUAGUCCCAUAGCACAUCAAUUCAAUCGACAAAAUUACUCCUGAUAGAUCAAUAGCAAGUUAAUUAAAUCAAAUUUUAGCCACUUUUCUGUUCUUCAUCUACCAAAACCAAUACUUUGUCAAUUAGUAUCUAUCAAAGUAGGAAAGUUAGUUCAAAGCCAAUCCAAUCGACAAAAUUAGUCCAGCUAGAUACAGAAGCAAGUUAAUAGAACCGAAUUUUAGCCACGUUUCUGUACUUCGUCUACCAAAACUAAUACUUUGUCAUUUUUAAACAUGGUACAAUUCUCCCGGUUGGGGACCUGUUACCGACUUACCCUAGUACAUAAUACAAAUCGAUCCAUUUUAUUAAUUAUUUUUUGUCCUUUGAGCCGACAAAUAACCAACGUGGCCUUUGGUUCGUGCCUUAAGAUAUUUUGUAUACAUUUUUGAAGAUUGUUGUAGUUGUUUUUCAGGUGUAUAUACAUAUAUUUGACUAUUUUGUAUUGUAUAUUUUUACCCGAUUCCUCCAGUUACAAAAUAGAUACUUGUGCGAUACGCAAUUGAUACAUUUUCAUAUAUGUCAGCAAGAAUACCAUCACUUGAGGAGGGCCCCUCCACUACCUCUUUUUAAGAUGGCGGCUAUGACGUUAGCUGUCACGUCAACUAUAAAUUCGUCGGGUUGUUUCAUCUGUCCAUUGGUCUUCUUUUUCAACAUCAUCGUCGCUGUGAACAUCGUCACAUGAUCAUUCUGUUUCAUCAGUUCGUCUUGCUCUGUGAGUUUUUUGCGACAGUAUCGUUCUUGCAUCCAAAGACCAGCUCGAAGGAGGAGAAGAUGCAGGCCCAGAGCACGAUUUAAGGACCAGGUUGAAGACGACUUACAAGUAUUAAGAGUACGAAAUUAAAAAACCAAGGCGAAGGAAUAGAAGCUGAUUCUGAAACAGGCCAAGACACACCAUGGGUUGUAGAGCCAAGGAUGACGAUGAUAGCUCUUCUUUUUCGUGUGCGAAUUUCAGUAUCUCCGUUGAUAUCGAUCCGAUAGAGACGUACGAGGUACCAUAUGACAGCUUUUAUCUUUUAACAUCUAGCAAAAAAAUAUCAAAUAUUCAAUGCGUCUUACGUUAAGCCAGUAAGUUCGUCGUCUUUUUCAUUUGUCUCGAAACGUCACCUACCAGUGGUCAAGUCAUUCCUUCUCUAUGUGUACCCUUAAGAAAAACAGCUUUAACAUAGAUAUUCGUUGACUACAUACGACUACCUACUGCUAUACAUAUGAUAACGCGAAACAGUCCAAAGUCCACUUACGGUGCCACGUAUCAUGCGAUAGGAUUUAAUGAAUAUUGACGAAUAAAAGGCAGCUUGCCGAAGGGUACUUAGUUCUUCUUCGCAGGGGUGUGUGGGUUCAUAUAUGAAUAGCAUAGGAUAAUAAAAUAAAAAUUUAUUGACAUGGCAUCUGACACCAUAGCCGCUAUCUUGAAAAGUAACUUGGCUUAUGACGCCAGGUUCAUAAUGGAGGGGUGCCACACAAAUGAGGGUAUUCCUACUUAUUUCAUUGUAAACUUUUGACAUCUGUUAAAAAGAAGAAUGAAUUUAUUAGUAACUAAUCAGACAGGUACUCUUCUCUUCCGCGAUAUAUCCUGUCAAGGGUGAUAUUGAUCUGAAACAAAUAUCUCUUUAGUGAGAUAUUUUUAACUGAACUAUACUGUUAAUAGUUAAUUACACAUUACACGCGCUUAUUUUGGAAGGUACAUACUAGAGUUUUAACAAGCAAAAAUACUAGAUUUGUUGUAAAAGGUAUAUUUUAAAAUACCCUAAAUAAGGGUCUCAAGGCAAAACGUUCUCGGAUUAAAAAAUCCAUCAUCAGUGUUCUAAAAACCCUAAAAUUAAGUAUAACUUAAUUAAUUGAGAAAAAGUUAAAAAACAUGACAGAGGUUUUUAUUUAGGGUAUUUUAAAAUAUACCUUUUACAACAAAUCUAGUAUUUUUUUUGAUUUAUGGUAUACAGCCAGCUACAGGAAGUUUAUUUUUCUCGUGGAUUUUUUUAACAAGCGGUAUAUUUCUGGAGAGAACAAUAUAGUCGCUUGUUAUCAACGUUGUCUCUUCUAUGUGUGUAUUUUCCGAUCGCUGGAAACUUGCUUUUUGGAAAAGUAGAAGACCAGAAGAAAUACGUGUGGGGUAGAGAGUAAGAGAAAAGCAAUAUUGCUUGUGAAGUGUGUUGUCGCACCAUCGCACAGUGGUUCCAAACGCUGAAAACGUGGUCAUGAGGUAAAAUAAAAUGUCCCUAUUUAGGGAUUUUCAUGUUUACAGUUCUUUUCUCAUACUAUUAUAAAUGGGAAAUAAUCCACAAUUUAACUAAAAAACUGAUUUUAUUAAAAUAAAAUAAAAUCAUUUUUUUUUAGUUUAAUUGUGGCUUAUUUCCUAUUUAGAAUACACUUGAGAGCAAAAUAAUCGACUCACUUGCUGAAUAAUUGUACACGUGGAAUUUCCUAAACCUGUUGUCCGAUUUGAGUGAUUUUUUAGUAUGUUAUAGCCUUAUUAUUUAAGAAAAUCGAUGUAAUAUUAUUGUUGCUAUACAGGUAAAGGUCAUUUUAUACCGGGUGUAACAAUCAUACUGUGUUUUUUCUUAAAGUUCGGAACACCCUGUGGAGUAUUCUAGCAUAUAAAAAAUAUUUAAAUUAAAAUUCAAUUGUAGGCUUAGGCUUUAUUAACAUUUUCUUUUUUGGCUCAUUUGGUUAUGUUGGAUAAUCAAAAAAAGUUAGGUACGUUUAAGAAAAAAAAAACACCCUAUGAUUGUUACACCCGGUAUAAAAUGACCUUUAGCUGUCUAGCAAUAAUAAUAUUACAUCGAUUUUCUUAAAUAAUAAGGCUGUAACAUACUAAAAAAAUCACUCAAAUCGGACAACAGGUUUAGGAAAUUCGAUACUUUUAACGUGUACAAUUCAGCAAGUGAGUCGAUUAUUUUGCUCUCAAGUGUAUUAUAAAUGGGAAAUAAUUUAUUGUUUAUAGUUUAAUUGUGGUUUAUUUCCCAUUUAUAAUAGUUGAUUACAAAAAUACCACAAGGAAAUAGCUUCAGAACAUUUUCUCAUACUAUCGUAGAGUCGUAAAUAAAGUCUUACCAUACCAAGUUGUGAAAUCUUGUCCGGAACACUGAAGCCGGUCACAUACGAGAUGACUGUUUCCGUACCACGUGCCUCGCGUUUUGACUGUUGCGAAAUCGUGUAUGGCGUCACUCCCGAAUUACUGUUCGUGCACGUAUUGCUAUUGUUCGUUUCAGCCCAAAAAAAAAGGCUGGACCGUCAAGAGAUGAGCGGUACCGACUUGAUACGUCGAAAGAUCGUGGCGAAGAGAUUGCACCCUCACGUGUGAGUGCUACUUGUUGACCGUCGAACGGCUGAUGAGAGAGAGCGGUUCACCCUUUGGCGGGUGUACGAGAAGAGAGGUUCUUAAUCCCAAAAUUGUCCAAAUAUUGUCUAUUGGAAGGGAUUGAAAAAUAUAAAAAUAUAAAGCCAGUAAAAAAUAUAAUAUUUUUGACAUGUGAAAAUUGAAUACCAUGCAUGACCUUAUUUUGGCCGGCAGUGAAAGUCGGAAGGAACGUGUAUAUUGAAAACGCUGUAAAACGUUUUGUAGUUUAUCAAUUUUAUUGCUGUAAAGCAGAUUCUUCUUUUUCAAUUACGUAUUAAUGUAAGAUAAAAGUUGACUAAAGAUUUAAUAACAAUAAAUGCAUAAAAUUUGUUAAUUGCAUAAAAAUUAAUAUACUUAAAAUAUUCAAAAUUUCGUAAAAAUACAUUCAAAAAGUACUUAAUUCUGCAUAAUUCUGCGAUUAAUGUUAUUAAUGCGAUUAAUCUCAAAAUGUACAGUCAGAAGAUACAGAACCACAUUGGUUUAGCUGCCUUUAACUGCCUAUGCAUUGCUUGCAGUUGUUUGAAUACAAAAGUGUGAAAUGAAGCAUAUAUAUUACAUGAUUCUGGCGAUUGUUACUUAUGUAUGGGCCGUUGUACCUAAAGUAAUAAGUUCUAAAUGUUGUACUUCAAAAAGAAAAUGUAUUGGCAAUCAGCAAUUUCAAAAGUCCCUUGUAUAAAAUUUCAAAAAAAUUGCGUUUAAAAUAAAAUUUUCAAAUUGCUUUCUUUGUAAUCAGCGACCUUAAACUACCAAAUCUGACAAAAAGUUUUUCGUUUUGAUUGAUAUUUUCUAUAACUUUCCUCCAUGUUGGAUCCGCCAUUUUGUUUUUCAAAAAAAUGUCAGAUUCGUAAUAAGCGAUGCCAAAAACAUUUCAAUACGAAAGCAAUUCCUAAGUGUAGGGACAAUAUACGCUUUUAAAAAUCAUGACCACCUUUUCGGCAUUUGAAACCACAGUGUAUCAUAGUGUAUCAUUUGAAACUGUCUUAAAAAAUGUAUAUACUUAUGUAUAAGUUCAAUGGUCUUAGGAAAGUGAAAUAAACUAAAAAUACCAAAAUAAUAGGUGAAGAGUAACUUCAUAUCCUUAGAUUUUGGUUCCGUAUAUAGAUGAAAAUGUCAAAGUUUACAAUGUGUAUCAAACAAUUCCUUAUCUUUUUUGUAACAAACUAUAGAUAUAAGUUUUAAAUUAAGCAUUUAUCUCAUUAAUUUAAAGAGAAUCAUUAGACCUUGUACCAUUUUAAGUUGUAGAAUAUUGUAUAAUCUUUUGCUUCUAUAUAAAUUACUUAAUAAAUAACAGAUAUAUAUCAAUACCUUUAUUGACACUUGUGAAUUGAUUCUAUACCGAUUGAGAAAUUUCUCAUGGUUGGUGUGGGCCUUCAAUGAGAGCGACAAAGAGACAUGUAUUUAUUAUACAUUUAAAACGGGCUAGAAGAUAUACGCCGACAAAGCGAGGUAGCGCCAACAACCCUCUUCGUGUCGUAGGUAGGGCUUUCUCAGCACAGCGUUGUCAAAGUAGUUUUAAAAAAGAAAAUAACAAAGUAGAAAAAAUUAUAUUUAACUUUUUGUAAACGAAUAUGAUAAACAAAUUAUUUAAAAGAAAAAAAAACUUAAAUAAAAAAUAUUGUUUUCGUCCAUUUAAAAAAAAUGUGAUAACGUUGAAAUAUAAUUCAACCUUUUUCACUCACUUUUUUUAAAAUGGGUGAAAACAAUAUUUUUUUACUUAAGUUUUUUCUUUUAAAAAAUUUGUUUAUUAUAUUCGUUCACAAAAAGUUAAACAUAAUUUUUUCUACUUUGUUAUUUUCUUUUUUAAAUCUACUUUGGCAACGCUGUGCUGAGAAAACCCUACCUACGACACGAAGUCGGUUGUUGGAGUUACCUCGCUUUGCCGGCGUAUAUCUUAUAGCCCGUUUUAAAUGUAUAUUAAAUACACGUCUCUUUGUCGCUCUCACUAAAGGCCCACACCAACCAUAAGAAAUUUCUCAAUCGGUAUAGUAACGAUGUUUAAGAAGCUGCAUCCAGAAAAAUGGUUCCGUCGAUAAAAAAGUCGUUAUUCAGAACAUCAAACUAUUCAUUUCUUUUUUUUGUCGAACAAAAACAGAACAUUGUCAAAAAGCAAGAAUCUGUAAAGCAGCAAUUAGACCUAUAUUGACAUACCCGGCGGAGACAAGACCUGACACAUCUAAAACGAGACGACUACUAGAAACAACAAAGAUGAAAAUACUUCCACGAAUAUCAGGGAAAAGUCUGUUGGAUAGGGAGAGAAGCUAAAACAUAAGAAGAGCAUGCAACGCAGAAGACAUACAUGGAUGGGUAACAAAACGGAAACAGGAGUGGAACGAACACGAAUGGCAGAGUAUUAUGAUAGUACGAAUAGCACGAGAUAAGUCACCAAAUGGUUGAAGAAGUAUUGGCAGACCAAGAAAAAGAUGCGAUAAUUUAAACAAUUUAAGAAGCUAAUAUUGAAGAAGAUACAGGCUUUAAGGCCUACAUACAAGAAGGAAGAAGAAGAAGAACUUAGCCUCAUCGGAGCACCUGCGUAGAGGCGCUACAAGCACUACAAGUGCCUGGACACAGGUGCUUCGAUGAGGCUAAGUUAACGCCGAAAUACGUAUAAGCACAUAGUAGACGCCUUAUUCUGUAAUUAAAUCGGAAUCAUCUUUACUUUCACUUUUGUGGGAAUAAAAUGGACUAGUUCGCUCAAGAUUGUUAUCACAGUGAACGACAGGUCGUGGGUGCAAUUAUAUAUCCGCUUGUCGACUUCAUCACUCUGUUUUGCUUUAGAUUUACGUCUUAAAAGGCAUCAGAGGAUAACAAUUCGAAUUUUAGUUCCUACCUCUUUUGACUAACUAAGAAAUUAUUCUUUUACAAUGUAGCGUCACUGAAAAUCACCUUUAAAACAUCAUUGUCGGAACUGUUAAAGGUCGGGUGGCAUAAUGUUUUAUAUUUACUUGUCAGUUUUAAAAUUUUAUUGUCUCUUCUUUUUAUUCGUUUAAAUGUUACUGGACCUUUUGCAAAUUCUAUGGGGUUUAAUUUUAAAUUUUAAUAGACAAUGAACCCAGUUCAGAAAUAAAGUCAGGAGAAGAUUUAGGCAGGGAUGUAUUAUGUCUCCAUUACUCUUCAAUGUAUAUAGUGAACCCAUUAUUGAAGAAGCAUUAUUAUCUAAAAGGAAAGAAAUCAUAAUUAACGGAAGAACUAUUCACGACAUAAUAUAUGCAGAUGACACCGUGAUUAUGGUUAAGCUCUGCUGAACAACUUUAACUACUGCUAAAUACGACAACAGUUUCUUUGUGAAAAAUAUGGAUUAGAAAUAGGUAUAAAAAAGAACUAAAUAUAUGAUAAUAACAAAGAAAACAAAAAUAGAAACAAACAAACAUGUCAUUUUAUAGAUGUACCGAUAGAGAUGUACCGAUAAAUACAAAUACCUGGGAACCUGUAUUUAGGAAAAUAAUGAUAAAUAACAGAAAUAAGGCCUAGGAUAGAAAUAGCAAGAAACCCGAUUGUAAAGAUGUGGUAGAUAGAAUAUAUAUACAGGGUGUCCCGAAAAGAUUGGUCAUAAAUUAUACCACAGAUUCAGGGGUCAAAACUAGGUUGAUUGAACCUCACUUACCUAUAUACAAUAGUGCACACAAAAAAGUUACAGCCCUUUGAAGUUACAAAAUGAAAAUCGAUUUUUUUUCAUAUAUCGAAAACUCUUAGAGAUUUUUUAUUGAAAAUGGACAUGUGGCACUAUUAUGGUAGCAACAUCUUAAAAAAAAUUAAAGUGAAAUUUGUGCACCCCAUAAAAAUAUUAUGGGGGUUUUGUUCCCUUAAACCCCCCCAAACUUUUGUGUACGGUCCAAUUAAAUUAUUAUUGUGGCACCAUUAGUUAAACACAAUAUUUUUAAAACUUUUUUGCUUCUUAGUACUUUUUCGAUAAGCCAGUGUUUAUCGAGAUAUUUUGAAUAUUUGUCGAAUCCACCACAUAUUUGUAUAUGGUUAAGUACGAUUGUAUAUAGCGACCUGUUAAUAAUCUGAAAAUUUAUUUAUAAUUUACUUUUUUAGGUAUAUUUUGAAAAAGAAGCCAUAUCUCGAUAAAAGGUGACUUAUUAAAAAAAGACUAAGAGGCAAAAAAGUUUUAAAAAUACUGUAUUUAACUAAUGGUACCACAAUAAUAGUUUAUUUAGAACGUACACAAACAUUUGGGGGUUUUAAAGGAAUAAAACCCCCUUAAAAUUUUUAUGUAAACAUAUUAAAAAAGAAGCCGCAUCUCGAUAAAAACUGGCGUAUCGACAAAAUACUAAAAGACAAAAAAGUUUUAAAAAUGUUGUGUUUAGCUAAUGGUACCACAAUAAUGAAUUAAUUGGAACGUACACCAAAGUUUGGGGGGUUUAAGGGAACAAAACCCCCAUACAAUUUUUAUGGAGUGGAAAAAUUUCACUAAAAUUUUGUUUUUAAGAUAUUCCUGCCAUAAUAGUGACACACGUACAUUUUCAUCAAAAAAUCUCUAAUAGUUUUCGAUAUAUUGAAAAAAAUCGAUUUUCAUUUUGUAACUUCAAAGGGCUGUAACUUUUUUUAUGAGCACAUUGUACUAAGGUAAGUUAGGUUCAAUCGAACUAUUUUUGACCCCAGAAUGUGUGGUAUAAUUUAUGACCAAUCUUUUCGGGACACCCUGUAUAUAGUGAUGAUGAUAUCCAACUUCCGACUGGGAUGUUAUUUUAUAAAUAACUGACGGUAUUUUAUAAAUAAAACUUCAAGAUAAUUACUUGAAAUAUAUUGUACAUUAUAAAUACAUUUUUUACUGAAAAUUUAUUCGUACCCGGUACGUUAGAAGCGCCAUCUGUUAGCAAAUCUACAAGCAAAACUUUGUAGAUCUGGUAACAGGUGGCGCUAGUGUUAAAUAUAAUAUUUAUUUGUAUUUUUUGGCUUGAGAAAGUUCUAGUGCUAGUUUAAACAUACAAGUACCUAUAACGACAGUAACAAUGGCUUUUUCGGUCUAGAAAGGCAAGUAUAUAGGACAAUAUAUGAGGAAGAUAAGUAGAUUUUAAUAUUUUAUCGAAAUAAAUAAAAACUAAGCUUUUGGGUCUUAGAUCUGCAUUCGUUCUUGAAAGUUAAGAGAUUUGAACACUUUUCUAAUGUAACGAUUUUUCGUUUCAACUUUAAGAGAAUAUGUUUUUCUUCUACUAUAUUAUUUAUUCUAGGCAAAUCGCCUGUUUAAAGUUCAAGUUAUCUUUCCACCUUUCCGGGUUGAUAUAUACUUCUCCGUCCUCUUUACUAUUUAUCUGGAGCUGUAUUGGAGACAUGCCGUAUUGUUUAUCCUUGUUAUGCCAAAGAGUAAUUCGUGAAUAAUUUCAUGCAUGAGCAAAUAUGGAGUGGAAGAACUAUAUCAUCUACCGACCAAUUAUUUCUCAUGUUUUCACUGGAAGUGUUUUGAAUUUAAUUGUUUUCAAGUGAAACAUAGAAAAUGUGUUAUAAAUGACUUCAACGUCCUUAAAUACACGAAGUUGGCACACAAUGAACGUUGUCGCUAAUUAUUAUAUGCGGGAUAUGGUUCAUUUUUUUAAUAGUUUACAAGAAUAUAAUAUCAGUGACAUUUCUGCUUCACAUUGAUUUUUUCAUCUUAUUGUUUUCAAUGUGAUUUAUUAUACAAAGACCACUUAUUUGGGAGUUCAUAAUUAUUAAUGUAAAUUCAUAUCAGCUGGCUGUGCUAUUUUUAAAGAACUGUAACAACAUGUGAAGCAGGUUUAGUUCUGAUGACAUGUCGUGAAUAAAGAUAUUGAUAAUAUUUACUAGUUCUAUAAAACAAUUCUUUUGUAGUUAUUUAAUUAAAAGUUAUUAACACAAUUUUUAAUUUGUUGAUGACUUCUAAUAUAAACUGCGCGUCAUAGAAAACGGGCACCCUAAAAAAUGGGCCAUUUUUGAUGUCGCGUAUAUCCUAAACCAGUUGUCCGAUUUAAAUGAUUUUUUGAAUAUGUUAUAGCCCUAUUCUUUGUCAAUAUCCUUCUAAUAAUAUUUUUGCUAAACAGGUAAAUUUUCAUUGUAUACCGGGUGUACGAAUCAAACUGCGUUUUUUUCUCAAAGUUCGCAACACCCUGUGGAAUAUUCUAGCAUUUAUAAAAUACUGAAAUUAAAACCCAACUAUAGCCUCAGGUUUUCUUAACAUUCUGUUUUUUUAUUCAUUCGCUUAUGUUGGAUAAUACAAAAGUUAUGUACUUUAACAACUAGCCAUGUUCUUCAUCAGUACAGGGUGUUAUAAGUCUAAUGGGUUUUAGGGACUAAAUAAGUUGGACAAACUUUAAGGGGUAAUUCUGCAUUAAAAAUAAUGACAGUUUGCUUUAUAAUCAUAUAUCCGCAAAAGCUUCGUUUCCGAGAUACGGGAUGUUAAAUUUUUUCUUACAAACUGAUGAUUUAUUUAUUGCUUUAAAACCGGUUGAGAUAUGCAAAUGAAAUUUGGUAGGUUUUAAGAGAUGGUUAUUGCGCAUUUUUUGACAUUCAACUAAGAAUUUUAUAUUCACUAUUGGAGCGCAUACGGGUAAUAUGACCGAUCAUAUUAUUCGUAUGCACGCCAAUGGUGAAUAAAAAAUUCUUAAUUGUAUGUCAAAAAAUGUUCAAAAAUUACGUCUUAAAACCCACUAAAUUUCAUUUGCAUAUCUCAACCGGUUUUAGGGCAAUAAAUAAAUCGUCAGUUUGUAAGAAAAAAAUUAACUUCCUGUAUGUCGGAAACGAACCAUUUGCGGACAUAUGUCUAUAAAGCAAAAGGUCAUUAUGUUUUCAUGCAGAAUUACCCCUUAACCCGGCACCUGCCACGUGGGGUGCUACCAGCACCCCAUAACACACUUUUAUCAAAUAUUUGGUAUUUCCAGUUUGAUAACCGAGCUGUGCGUCAUAGUAGCUUUCUGUAAUAUUUUAUAACAUAUAUGUGUUAGUGUUUGAAGUGGUUAUUUAGUGUCAUUCUGAACUUAUAGCUCUAAAGUCGAAUUGGAGUGUCAUCAUCUGGCACUUUAAGUUUUAAUUUUUUUUUUGUAUUUUUGAUAAACAGGUCAAAUUUACAUUUUUUAUUGAAAUAUCUGAUUUAAAUUAUUAAUAUAGACUCUAUACUCACUAAAUCUUAAUUUUUUUAGAUAUUUUACUUGACUUCAUUUAUUAUGGCUUGGUACUUGCUAAUUUGCUUAUAACACCUUUUUCAUUAUAUUUUUUAACUUUUAUAACAUAUUAGUGGCUAAUAAGUUAAUAAAACAUGUUUAUUUAUGUUCUUGUGUUACUCAACACAUUAUUUUGUUUUUUAAACAAGUAGAUCACAGAAAAUUUUUAAGGGGUGCUGUGAGCACCCCACGUGGCAGUUGGCGCCUUGCAAAGCCACAUGGCAGGUGCCGGGUUAAAGUUUGUCGUACUUCUUUAGAAACACCCUGUACUGAUAAAGAGCAUGCCUAGUUGUUAAAGUACAUAACUUUUGUAUUAUCCAACAUAAGCGAAUGAAUCAAAAAACAGAAUGUUAAGAAAACCUGAGGCUAUAGUUUGGUUUUAAUUUCAGUAUUUUAUAAAUGCUAGAAUAUUCCACAGGGUGCUGCGAACUUUGAGAAAAAAACACAGUUUGAUUCGUACACCCGGUAUACAAUGAAAAUUUACCUGUUUUGCAAAAAUAUUAUUACAGGGAUAUUGACAAAGAAUAGGGCUAUAACAUUCAAAAAAUCACUUAAAUCGGACAACAGGUUUAGGAGAUACGCGACAUCAAAAAUGACCCAUUUUUUAGUGUGCCCGUUUUCUAUGACGCGCAGUGUAUAUUUCUAUUUCGGACUUUCAUUGUAUCGUUAUUAUUUUUCUUUUAAUAUUUUUCAAAGUACGUUUGUAUACAUAUUUUCAAAACUGUAUGCCAAUAAAACUAUUUUAACUAAA